AAACGAUAAAUUGAGAAAAAUAAAAUUCAACGCCCGACAAUAAGAGGUCCUGUAGAGAAUAUCGAUCAAAGGCAGAAGCGCGGCACACAAUUGAAAUAAAACAUACAUAUGUUCUGAAAAGUUGAGAGGAAUAUAAUUUGGCCAUCGAGAUAGAUACGAAAGAGAAAUCGAUUUUCUCUGAAAUUUCAGAACAUAUUUCAGUUUUUAACCAGAAAAUAUAGGCGCAACAGAAAUCAAUUAAAGAAUAUAUAUCUACUGAAACUUCGGCUUCAGCAGAGCAUAUUCCGGGAAAAAGAAAUACAUUUCGGCAAUCAAAAAGCAAAAGGCGACGCAGCAAAAUUUUAAUACAAUAUAUUUGAUAGAAGAUUUAGGUUUUAUUUCGGUUAUAGAGUGAGAAUAAAAGGAAAAAGCGGCGCGAACAAAAUUUAUGAAACUAGAUCCUGAACGUGUAGACAACAUUUCGGCAAAUCAAAUUAUUUUACAAAUGUCUAAGAAAACCAACAACAACAUCAACAACAACGCCGCAGGCCAGGCAAUACGCCUGGUGCGGACAAAUGUGACCCACAGCAUCUCGGACGACCAAAUGGAUCGGCACUUUGCGCAGCAAAUGGAGCUUAUCAAGGAGCUGAGCCAGCUGAAUAGCUGUGCCGCGGAGCGGGAGCUGUGCCCCAAGUGGCUGGGCAUCUUCUCGCGCACCACCAAGGAGGAGAAGACGGCACGCAACUGCCUUGUCACGCUGAUGCACUGCCAGCUGAAGGAGGCUGGCCGGCUGAGCUAUCCCUUCACGGAUAUCGUCAACUGCAAUCGGGAUUUGCGCAAUGUGCUCGAGCAAUACGAUGCGCGUCGCAAGAAGCUCCAAGCGUGGAAGCCGGUGGCAAGGGCUGAACGGGGCGAGAAAAUGCCCGCUGAUGGUCAUGUCUGCAGUCGGUUGGAGCUGCGCGCACCGGAUCCCUCCAGCGUGUGUAUGCCGCCUGACGUGCCCGUUGUGGGGCCGCAGCUGCCGGCGCUGCACGUGGAGGCCGAUAAUGGGGACCUAGACAGCAGGCGCAGGGCAGGGCAGAUGUCCAAGGAUCAGGUGAAGAAACUGGAGAAAGUCGAACGCAAGCUCUGGCACCAUCAACUCAUCUCGGGCACAUCGCAGCGCACGGCCAAGAGCAGAGCUCCGGCCACGCCUAGACCCACGGGCACGCGAUCGCCCACGCCCACGCCCACGUCGGCUGCACACAAAACCGAAGUCAAGCCCACAUUUGCUGGAAGAUCCACAGCUGCGCCUCCACCUGCUCCCGCACCUGCUCCUGCUCCUGCACCUUCACUUACGCCUACUCCUCCGCCUGCACCUAACCCCACACCUGCACCUACAACUAAACCCUCGCCUGCAUCAACCAAGCCCGCAACCACACAAAAACCUUCGCCUACCUCCGGCCCAAGGUCGACCGGCAGCAGCCAGAGGGGUAAGCAGAAGCCAUUGGUGGAGCUGUACAAGAAAAUGAACUUCCGGCGGCCGGAAAGCGAUCUUGAGGAGGAGGCAGACGAUCAACACGUGAAAGGCGCUGGCAAAAGGGGCGUGCGCAGAGAGCUGCACAGUCCGGUGCAGGCGGCGGCAUCGGAGCGGGAACGCAAAAUGUUGGAGAUAGAGCGGCGCAAGGAACAGCAGCGGGUGGAGCGCAUGCAACGGGAGCGGGAACGCGAGCGACAGAGGGCGCGCGAGGCCGAGGGGAAGCAGCGCGAAGAGCAGCGCCUGGUGCUGGAGCGCCAGCGCAAGCAGAAGGAGCACGAGGAGCAGCUGAUCAGGGUGCACGAGCAGCGCGAGCACGAGCGCAUUCUGCGCGAGACCCGCAAAAGCGAGCAGCGUCUGUUCACGCAGCGCCAGCGCGAAAGACUGGCCGUUGAGGUGGAUCGUCGCGAGAAGGAGAUGCGGGCACAGCGAUUGCGGCUGGAGCAGAGCUGUCGUCCAAUUGUGAUGGAGGCGGAGGCAGUGGAGCGCAAGGAGCGGAGAGACUCCUUCAGGCUGAAGUGCAAGGCAGUGGACGAUCGUCGCGAGCGACAGCGGUGGGAGGAGCUCGAGACGAAACAAAAAGAGCUGGAGUGGCGGGAGGGAACGGCGGGUACGCACCUAGUAGAGGAAGCCAGAGCCGAGCGGAGGAAGCGCAAAAAGCAGCCAAGGGCGCAGGAACGAAAGGAGCAGCAAUCCACAGCCAAGAUAAUGGCGCAGGGUGAACAGAAAAUGCGGGAUACGGUCAGAGGGCAUGACCUCCAGCAGGCCGAGCAGGAGCUGGAGCGAAAGAAGCGUCAGCUGGAGCAGGAGGAGCGCAUUCGGCGCAAGAGCGAGGAGCUGGAAAGAAAGUUAAUCGAAGCACGCGACCAGCAGCUGGCGAAGCGAGGGGGCAAAGCGGAGACGAAAAAGCGUUCCAUCUGGAGUCAACAGCUCGGCCGGAAGGUGGACGAAGGCCCGCUACCAGUCGAGAUGCAGAUGCUGGACGAGGAUUUAGGCGGCGACAGCAGCUGGUCGAAGCGAAGCCAGCAAAUGGCCAGGGUGACCAUAAAAACGAAUACACGAUUUGCAUGCAAGCAGAGCCCCAUCCAGAACCUCUCGUCCCCAAGCCCAUGUCCAAGCCCGGCGCCCGCAACCCCAUCCCCGGUUGUGUCUCCAGGCGCGUCGCCGUCGCGAGCGGAGCUGGACAAUGCCAAGCGCAUGGAGCUGCAGCUGUAUACCAGGGAGUGCUUCCUGCAGCACAUUGAAGAGCAGCGCCAGCGACUGCAGUUGGCCGAGCAGAAGGUGCAGACCAUCGAUGUGGAGAAACGUCAACUGGAGCUGGAAAUCCAGGAGCGUUGCGACAUGCUCGAAUGGCUGACCCAGGCGCACAGCCGCAGCGAGGUGGAUGCGCUCGGCCAGCUGGAGCUCAGCAAGGGUGAGAGCGGAAUGCUCGCCAGCGGCGCCAGCUCCGUGCCAGAGUUCAUCAGGUUCGCCUGGCGCAUGCAUCAAAUGGACGAGGCCAAAAAGAAGGCCAACAAAGCGAUGCGCAGCUCCAAGGCGGGCAAGUCACCCAGCGGAUCCGCCAAAUGCCAACGCAUGUGGUCGCCGCUAAUGAAGCGCUUCAUUCAGUUCGAGAAGAACCGCAUGCCGCAAUCCCAGUCGCAGGAGACGAUAUGCAAGCGUUGCAGCUCCAGCGAAUCGCCGAACUCCUCGAAUACAGCAAUACGCCGCCGGCUGAAGGAGUAUAUGCAGCAGCAGCUGCAGCCGCACGAGAACUCCAGCAACGAGUACUUCAUGGUGAAGCCGCAGCUCACCAGGCGGGAGCGUUACGUGCGCUUCAUGGAGCCGGAACAGCUGGACACCAGCAGCAAUAUUAGCUGCAUGGCGGUGUUCGGAGAUGAGAGCUUGUACAAGUUGGGGGAGCAACAGCAGGUGGAGCAAGUGCAGCCGAGACCGCGUGCCAUAACCAUGCGCCAUCAUUGGCCGCGACGCGUGCGCAGCAAACGCCAGACUCUGCAGCAGGAGGAGGAGGAGGAGCAGGAUAGCACGGCGCACAGCUGCUCGCAGUAUACCCAAACGGAGCCGAUGUCGACACCGCGUCGUCACGAUCCGAACCGACAAGCGCUGCUCAGCCGAAACAAGCGCCAGCUGAAGCGGCGCCGGCAGCGUCGCCAGCGCAACCGUAACCGAAAGCGGGAGGAUCGUCUGCUCGGCUGCGAGCAGCUGCAGCUGUCGGAGCAGGAGCUGAACGAGGAGCGCAACAUAUUCCAGCAGCUGUUGAUGGGCAGUGAAAGCUGCGACUGCGGACCGCGUCCCCAGCUGCUGGUGGAGAAUGCGCUCAUGGAGCGCAAGCUGCUCGUGGCCAAGCAGCGGGAGCGCCAGCUAAAGCGGCUGCAAUGCCAAAUGCUGAGCGCUGCGCACGAGGUGCUGCAGCUGCUGGCCGAGUCCAAUUGGCUGGAUGCCGAGGCGAUGGCCAAUGUGCAUCCAAGGGAUACGGAUGCUUCGGCCAGCGAUUCGAGCCUGUGCCCGGCUGGCGGCCCGUGCAGCCGCAGCUGCCUGCGCUGGCGUCACGAGCUGCAGCUGGCCGUAGAGCCGCUGGCCAGGCUGCCCUGCCGCCUGUUUGGCCGGCUCUUCGAGCCGCUGCUGCUGCGCGACCAGCACGCUCAGCUGGAGCUGGAGCUGCGUCGCCGCAUCGAGCUGCUGGACAAACAGCUGGAGCAGCAGCUGGGCAAGAGAUUUAGCCGCAUGCUUGCCAAAUGCCACAGCUGUUGCUGCCAGCGUCGCCUGCUGCCCGCCUGGAAAUCAAAUCUGGAGCACGAUCUGGCCCAUCGCAAGCUGUUGGCCAAGCACAGCUUCCAGCUGCUGCGCCAGCUAUUCGACGAGCACUGCAGCAAGUCGCGUGCCAUCUGGCUGGGUGCCCUGCAGACCAUCGAGACGCUCUACUUUGAGCAGCUCGACGAGAACAUGACAAAUGCCAAGCUGCAAAAUGACGAGGAGCCGUUCAGGAUAGCCAAACUCCAGCUGUAAUGUGUAUAUAUAUAUUCUGAGAGAAUGUUCCCAUCAAUCGUGAAGGUAAUCUUCAAUCAUGCCCCGGAGCGCAGGAGUUAGCGUAUCGCUUUCAACUUUUGUUUAGUUGUCUUUUGUUUUAUUUUGACGGAUUCGCAUCGGAGGAGCAGUCGGUCUCACCACCAAGAAGCUUU